AUGUGCCAACUAUUAUGGGCCGACCUAUUGCCCGGUGACUAUAAUAAAGAUACGGCACCGCGAGUCGGUGGCCGACCGGUUGAGGUCAACGUAUCGAUAGCCGUAUUAUCGCUGGAGCCGGAGGUCAGUUCAAAACAGGCAUUUCUAAUGGAUUUUUUCUUUCAAUUACAUUGGUAUGACUAUCGGCUACGGGCGCCGCCCCGCGAAAAGGUUACACUCGGUCAUCAAUGGCGGGAUAAGCUAUGGUUGCCGGACAUGUAUUUCAGAAACAGUAUCGGUGGCGGACUGGCCAAUAUGUUGCACCCGUCCGUCUAUUUUGUCAUAACUAACGGCUCCCGUGUCUAUAUGGCCUCACGUUUUCAGAUGCGGUUCGGUUGUAAAAUGCAUUUCCGAAAGUUUCCGUUUGAUACACAACUGUGCUAUAUUAAUGUUACCACAUUAUCGCAAACAGUGGAUAUUAUGCGUUUGAGCUGGGACAAAUUUAAAUUUGGUUCGCAUGUAGUGUUGCCAGAGUUUGAGCUGAUUGACGGUGCCAUAGGGGAUCAUACACCUGAGCCGUAA